AUGGAGAACAGCUACGCUGCUAGAGUUCUUCACACUCCGUCCAGAACUGAGUUCUACAUUGGCGCCUAUGUGAAUGGCCAUGCAUGGGAAUGGUCAGACUAUGACAUUAAAUUCAUUUACUCAAAUUUCAGAGGAACAAUGACAAACAACUCAGACAAUGUCAGCUCUAUGCUCUUGACGACAACGUAUUACAGCAAGUGGAACAUUCUCUCCUCAAACUCACUCACACCAAAACCAUUCACAUGUCAGGCUGCUAGCUUGCUAGUGCGACAAGCCGACCGAGGACAACACCCCCGUCGCGUCAUACUGCUAAUGUCCACUAUGUGUUCUUCCGAAGCUAGGGCGUACUCCAGAAGCGACGCGCAUUGUCCUCGCCCGGGCAAUGUGGCAAAUAUGCGAGGGCUACCGACUAGACGACGAAGCCGGCCAAAGAAGUUAGUCCGCCAUCGCCAGCAACAUCCAGUGCGCUUGGCAACACUUAACGUUGGGACGCUUAGCGGAAGAAGUCGUGAACUGGCAGACAGUCUCAGAAAACGCCGUGUUGACAUAUGUUGUAUACAGGAGGCUCGCUGGAAAGGCUCCAAGGCAAGGGAAUUAGGCGAUGGCUACAAGCUGAUCUACCACAGCACAUCAAAUCGCAAUGGCGUUGGUAUCAUAUUGAAUGAGUCGUUUAGAAAUAGCGUCACAGCGGUGGAUCGACUAUCGACUUAA